AUGCCUUCCCUUUCUUCGGCAAUCGUCACCGCUCUCCGUCCCUCACAGACUCAUCCUGUCCCUAUCCCCCAUCCUUAUCCCUUGCCACUGCCCCCGAACCUAUCCCCUGUCCAUCCCAUACUCAUCCCGUCCCUAUCCUCCGUCCCUGUUCCCUAUCGCCGCCCGCGUCCCCAUCCCUCGUCCCUCUCAUUCUCAUCCCUUCCCUUCCUACCGCCCACGUCACCAUCCAUAUCUCUUGCCAUCGCCCCCGUCUCUAUCCUCUGCCCCUAUCCCCUGCCGCCGCCCCCGUCCCUAUCCCCUGUCGCCGCCUCCGUCAUCACUCUCCGUUCCUCUCCUACUCAUCCCGUCCUUUCCUAUCGCCCCCGUCACCGUUCUCCGUCUCCAUUCUUUGCCGCCGCCCCCCGUCCCUAUCCUCUAUCUCUAUCCCUUGCCACCGCCCCCCGUCCCUAUCGUCUGUCCCUAUCCCUUGCUACCGCCCCCGUCCCUAUUCUCUGUCCCUAUCCCGAGCCGCCGUCCCUGUUUCCCUUAUUGGCCGCCCCUGUUCUGUCCUACACAUGCAGCCGGCUGUCAGACCAGGGCAAAAUCUCGAUCCUUCUCAAGUCUGACCAGGGCAAAAUCUCGAUCUCUCCCAGGUCAGACCAGGGCAAAAUCUCGAUCUCUCCCAGGUCUGACCAGGGCAAAUUCUAA